CUCUCUCUCUCUCUGUCUCUGUCUCUCUCUCUCUCUCUCUCUCUCUCUCUGUCUCAUAUUUCUCCAGUCAGUCUGUAAGAUCUACUGGUUUUCUGUGGAUUGCUGCAUGAUCUCCUGCGGGAGCAGUAACUUCUGCUCUUAUAUGAAUCUGCUUCUGAAGCUCGACUGUUUCAGAUGUUUCUCCGGGGCCAAUGGACUUCGCCAGACCAGUCUCAAAGAUCUGGAUUAAAGAGAAACUUCAUGUGUGAUUAAUCUGAGAAAGGAAGAUGCGGAAGGAAAACGGCUUGCAGUCUUUGGGAAUAAUGGCUGUGUGUCUGCAGAUGAUGAUGAUGAGGAUGAGGAGGAUUGGUUGUGUGAAGGCCUCGUCUCCUCGUCUGGCUCUAGAGAAGAGUCUCGUCUGGCCGUCCAAAGACACCCAGUGUGUGCACCUGCUCAAACACCUGCAGAACGGGGCCCGAGUCACCGUCCAGAUGCCGCCCAACAUCCAGGGCCACUGGGUGUCCACCAGCUGCGAGGUGCGUCCCGGUCCGGAGUUCCUCACUCGCUCGUACCGUUUCUUCCACAACAACACGUUUAAGGCGCUUCAGUUCUACUACGCAGACAACCAGUGCUCCACGCCGAGCUACAGUGUGCAGGUGCGAGGCCGUCUGCGUCUGCGCCAGCCCUCCUGGAUCGUCCGAGGCGGCACCGAGGCUCACUAUCAGAUCCACAGCAUGCGUCUGGUGUGUCACUCGGCGUCUGCGGCACGAGAGCUCGGCUGCGCUUCCUGGGAGCCCAACAUCAGCUACGAGCUGCGGAGCGUCUGCGACUGCGUCUGCGGCUGCGCACUGAACGUCUCCAUGCACGAGCUGCAGCUGCUGCGGCUGGAGAAGCAGUACCUGCAUCACAGUGUGGAUCAGCUGCUGGAGGAGCUGUACCUGGGAGACAUUCACACCGAUGCGACGCAGAGGAUGCUCUACAGACCCUCCAGCUACCAGCCGGCGCUGCAGAACACACGGAAUCAGGAUGUGAGCUGUGUGGUCUGUGCAAUCAUCUCUCGCUCAGAUGAGUUUGAUCCGCCGGUUCUCCCGCCGCAGCCCGAGCUGACGGUGACCCUGAGCGGUCAGUGGGCUUCCCGCCGCUGCGAGGUCCGGCCCGAGGUCCUGUUCCUCACCAGACACUUCCUCUUCCAUGACAGCACGCACACCUGGGAGGGUCACUACCAUCACUACUCUGACCCGGCCUGCAAACACCCCACCUUCAGCCUGUUCGCCCGCGGUCACUACAGCCGCGGCCCGCGCUCCGCACGCGUCAUGGGCGGCACCGAGUUUGAGUUCAGAGUGAGUGAAAUGCGCGUGAGACCGAUGGAUCUGGCGACCGUGUCUCUGCUGAAUGUGUUUAAAGGGAACAGCUGCGGUGCUCAGGGCGCGUGGCAGGUGGGCGUGGAGCAGGACGUGACUCCGACCAAUGGCUGCGCAGCGCUGGGGCUCCGCCUCCCGCACACUGAGUAUGAGCUCUUCCGAUUGGAGCGUGACGCUGAGGGCAGACUCCUGCUGUUUAACGGUCAGCGGCCCAGCGACGGCUCCAGCCCUGACCGACCCGACAGACGACCCACGUCCUACCAGACCCCGCUGGUGCAGUGCUCCGCCGCCGGGGGUCAGAGGUCAGAGGUCAGCGCCGCGCAGCGCCUCGGCAACCUAGCAACCACAGCGACGGCGGUCUGGAGUUUGCUGUUUGUGAGUUUCUGACCCAGAAUGCACUUGUGUUAUCCGUCAGACGGGACGGAUGAAUGAAACUGCUGCAAAACAGAUAAUACACUUUACCAGAACGAAGCCUGACGAAGACUUUCACUCAAGACUUCCUAAAACAUGCCUCAGAUUCGAAGGAAAAACACCCCGAAAUAAAGAUUCUGUCAUUAUUUAUGUACAACACAACAACAGUUCAUAUAAAGAUGCCUAUUUCUAAGAAAUCAUAUAUAAAUUAAUUCAUCAAUGAUAUAUUUAAACGAAAACGAACAGCUUAAGAAUUUUAAUUUCUGACCUGAGUGAAUUUGAGAUGAAGAUAUGAAUAUUUUAAAGGCUACAUGGAAGGAGAGGGAAAUAUUAAAACUGUAGAUAAACACUUCUGACUUUUAUAACUUGUAGUACUUAAAUUACAGUACUGCAGUGUGUGGAGAAAAAGAAACGAGGUAGAAUAAAAUAGUGCCCGAAGAUUUAGUUUCUCUCUUU